AUGGGGGGACCUUGGUCUCAGAAUGCCUGGGCUGUAGUUGUGGGGGAAGCUCACACCCUAGAAAGAACCCAGGCUCCAGACCCCUGGAGGCCAGGACCUCCCACAGGUCAAGAAGGGAUGGGCUAUCACCCCAAACUGCCCUUUGCAGCGGGCUUGUCCAGCUGGCAGCCACUGCACCCCACCAUCUGUACAGAGCCGGCCAGCGGGGCUGGGCCUCCCCCCGAGGCUGCCUUUCUGCACCACCCACUCCUGUACUGUUUGGCUGAAUUUGGGACCUCUCUGGCCUCAGCAAGAACCACUGCUGUCCAGGCUGGUGCUGUGAGAAUUAAGUGCUCAGAGGGCCUGGGUGCCCAGGAGACAAGAAAGUGUGUGGUUGUAGUACAUUCAAAAGGGACAAUCGCUUGCAGUUAG